AUGGUAAUUUACAAGUUUCUUCCUGAACGAUGGGUUACAUUCUUGGAUCCCAUUUUGUAUCCAACUUGUCCGGCUAAACCUGCUGUUGUGAAUGUAAAUGAAUCUUAUUCUUCUGGUGAGUCACUUUCUCAGGCAUUUUCUGUUUCUAUUAAGGUACAUACAAGUUUAUCGUGGCAAUGCUAA